GGGGAAUCGUGAAGCACGCAUCGUGAGAGCGUGAGGAGCGAGGGAAGGAGUCAGACGCAGCAGGAGAGCGAUCUGAAGAGUGUUCGAACUCUUCUCUGUGACCCGAUUGUAGCGGAAGCACGCGCAAAUCAUACCUUGCUCACGAAACCAAGAAGCUCUGUAGUUCGCCGUGUUUCGCUGAUAUCGUACCUCAUUUCUCUAAUCACCUCGAGUCUGACAGGGACGACCCCUGCACUUCCCAGAUGGCGGCAGCACAUGCUCGAGGAAAGAAAAUGAGCAAAGUUGAACUGUAUUUCUACGAGGAGCUCUGUGCGUCGGGUGGUGUGGAGCUUGCAAACGAAUGGUUGUCCAUGAACAAGAAGAGGUCGAGCGGCUCGUCAGGUGCAGCAAGUCCCUUCGCCACGUCCAACAGCCGGCCGACGUCAAGGGCAGAUUCCUUCGACUCUUCCCCUGGAGCUCCCUCCAUGCCGAGGAGCAAGUCAGAGCCCGAUACUUUCGUGUUGAAGGACAAGGCGCAAGGGAAGAAGGACGGGGAGCUGUUGGAGCUUGUCUCUGCUGCUCAGAAGGAAGACCUGUCUUAUGCGGAGAUGGAGAGGAGGGCUGGAUCAAGAGCUGGUCUUAUGUACACUGAUGCUGCUCACCUGUUGAACGACUACAGCCACAGAUAGCAGGGAUAGCAAGCAGCUUCGAUUUACAAUUUGUUGAUAAAGAAUGUUU